AUGGACAAGCAAUCAGAAACGACAGCGAAGACAUCCUUUGAUGAAAACUUUUCUAGUAGCUCUCUUCAAAAUGAUGGGAAGGAAUCUCAGCACUCUUCAACACAUGAUGGAUUGCAUUCAGCCGAAGAAUUGAGAACAAUAAUUAGAGAAGCAUAUGUUCCUAGAAUAUCUGUAAUAUGCUCUCGCGAUGCUGACGAAUUUGCGAUUAGCAAGGGAUUUCCGCAAGGAUUUUGGGAAUUACUUUAUCCUUUUGGUGACCGUGUUCGUGGAAAAGUACGAAGACGUAAUAUGCAAGAUAAUAUGGUUACUCUGGAAAAAACAAGUUUACAAUUUGUUCCCGUGGACUCUUUAGAGUCUCACCUUAGUGAUGUCCCUGUAGUAUCCAUACGUGACAUAUUGACGAGCAAAAAUCGGACUCUCGUACUUCCUGAGGCGCCUUCAAAAUAUACGUUUGGUAUCCACUAUAAAAAUUUGGAACGAUGGGCUUGGAAUUUAGCUCACGAAGAAAGUUACGAAAUGUCAACCGCUAUGUAUAUCCGGCAACUUUUGACGGGUAUGCCAGUAGCAUCUUUUGAAACAUUUUCCCACCCUGUCGCACAUCUCGUCGUCGUAACAUCGCAUAAUCCGACUCCUUUCGAAUCUCUGCGAGAGUUAAUUAAUUCACUCACUCAAAUAUCCUUCCCUGCUUUUGUUUCGAAUGAUAUUAUUUAUUUCUUUGUUUAUGUUCAUGAUGAGGAUCAACAUGACAUUGAACUAUCAAUGGCUAUAUUCGAUACAAUGCUACAAACUUUUGGGGAGAGAGGCUAUUUUCUGCGAUUACAUUCACAAAAAGCUACUCUAGACUAUGAACAUACAAUCCCCUUUCCUUGCUCUUCUUGGUUAUCGGCUGAAGAGCGAUUGCUAAUGCUUAACGGCUCACAAAAAGAACAACAUUUGCUUUUUGAAUCGGACGCGGAUUCAAUAAAAAGAUUAGUAAGUCAUAUUGCAUUCAAUGGUGUUAUUCCGCAUCUAGAUAAAUGCAUAAGAAUAUGGGAUGAUCAAUACGCAUCGCCUAGGCGUGGCUUUACAGGAAAGUUGUUUUUUGCUUCUAAAAAAUUGAUAUCUACACAGAAUAAUUCCCAUAAUUCGAAUUUUUUUGCUUCCUCUAAUGUCUAUCGGCCAGACUCGAUAGAAGCGUACCUUCGAAGGUUGGCAGAUUACUCCUUCAUGCUUCGUGAUUACACACAUGCCAAUCAAAUUUAUGAAAUUGCAUCAAAGCAAUAUGCUAAUGACGACGCUUACUUAUACUAUGCUGCUGCUUCAGAAAUGAUUGUUGUUACAGAACAUAUAAUACACCUUGACCGCCCUUACAUGAGUUUAACCAACAAAUUGCGUCUUAACGAGUGUAUGCAAUCGGCUAUGGAAAAUUAUUCAAAUAAACCUUUUAAUUCAUACUAUCACGCCGCUCGCUGCUUUCUUUUACUGGGUCAAUUUUUGAGUAGCUUGCCUAAUCCCAGAGUAGACGAUGCUGCUAAUUGGAACGCUGGUUUGGUGUUCUCAAAACGACUUGGUCCUGUAGGAAGGGCCAUUAUAUUUCAACAGACUUAUGAGCUUUAUAGACGGACUGAACGGACAAAUAUAGAUUCUUCGACAGAAAUGAAAAGGCAUCGUAAAACAGCAUUCUGGUGUAUAAUGGCAGCAGAUGCUUGGUUACGUUGUCAUAUUUCUUUCCGUGCUAGACCUUUUGUAGAUACUGCAAAGGAGUUUUACACUCAGAUAGCUUGGCCGGAUUUACAGGAAUGCACAGCCAAGCUGGACGAUGUAGAUAUAUCGCCUAAAUCUCAAGAAAAAUAG